UUAUUGAUCUGGAACUAUGGGACUCAUGUGCUUGUCUUCCGAGAGACGAAAGACUUAUAAGUGCUCAUGGGCAUCAGGUUCGUCCUUAGGGAAGCACACUUAACUCAUUCCCAAGCACAUCAUCAGGCCUGAUAUUUCACUGGUCUCAACCAAUUAGACAUUCCUCGUGGACCCUACAAAGACCGUUUACAUCCAAAGUGACAAUGUCCAGCCACCUCGAGUUGCUGAAGCAGACAUGGGCUUUGCUUGAUCGAUUUAGCAAGUUUGCCGAUCAGGUAGUGAUUGGUGAGGAUGGACUCACCCUAGCAGCCGUUGUGGCCGUUUCAAGGGCUUCUGCAAAGGUAUCAAUGCAAACGUCGCCUGAGCUGAUGCAGCGCUUGACGAGAUGUGUUGACACCAUGAAUGCGGAACUUGAGAAGGGAGGACAGAUCUAUGGAGUCAAUACAGGGUGUGGGGGCAAUGCAAACACCCGCACAAGCAAGCUGCAGAUCAUCCAGCACUCGUUCUUUCAGCACCACCAGGCAGGAAUUCUUCCACAACUUGUCCAUCCUCGAGGCAAUACCUUGUGUGGUAUGAACCAGGAACGUCAAAGCCUCUCUCCUGAGAUCACUCGCGGCACCAUUCUCCUCCGCUGCAAUUCUCUCCUCCGCGGUCACUCAGCCGUUAGAAUCGAGGUCAUCGAACUCCUUCUUCGGGUCCUGAACGAGGGAUUUGUGCCACUAAUCCCCCUAAGGGGUAGCAUUUCCGCCUCGGGAGACCUGUCUCCUCUCUCAUACGUCGGGGGUCUGGUGGAGGGGAAUGCCGACGUGUUUGUGCGGUUCGAGGAAGAUGGCAAGCAGAUCGUCAUCUCAGCGGCAGAUACUCUGCAGCGCUUGGGUCUUGAUCCCCUGAAGCUGAAUGCUAAAGAGGGCCUAGGCAUCAUGAAUGGCACAGCUGUCAGCACUGCAGCGGCCAGCGUCGCUCUUUAUGAUUGCCAACAGAUGGCCCUCCUGGCACAGGUCCUAACUGCUAUGGCGACCGAAGCGCUUCUCGGAACCGUGGAUAACUACCACGAGUUCAUCUCCCAAUGUCGACCCCAUCUUGGACAAGCUGAAGUUGCCAGCAACAUUCGAACUUUCCUGCGCGGCUCUGCCCUCUGCCAUAAAACCGACCCCAAGAAAACAGGGCUGGUGCAGGAUGGUUACUCACUACGAACUGCGCCCCAGUGGAUCGGCCCUCAGCUCGAAGAUCUUCUGCUAGCUGCCCGCCAGAUUGACAUUGAGUUGAAUUCCACGACAGACAACCCGUUGAUCGAUGUUGAAGGGCAGCGCUUUCACCACGGUGGCAAUUUCCAAGCUGCGUCCGUGACCAGUGCAAUGGAGAAAUGCCGAUCCAGCCUGGUGAUGCUCGGAAAGAUGAUCCUUGGCCAGUGUGCAGAGGUGAUUAAUCCAUCUCUGAGCAGGGGUCUUCCUGCGAAUCUAGCGCUGGAUGAUCCUAGUCUCUCAUUCGCGGCCAAGGGCCUCGAUAUCAACAUGACGGCAUACUACUCAGAGCUUGCAUUUCUGAGCAAUCCGAUCAACAACCAUGUUCAUUCCGCUGAGAUGAAUAACCAAUCCGUCAACUCCCUAGCGUUGAUUUCGGCCCGAUAUACUAGUGAAUGUGUGCAAAUCUUGUCAAUGAUGUAUGCUGCCCAACUGUACAUUCUUUGUCAAGCUCUGGAUAUCAGAGCUCUGAACAUGGACUUCUUUGCCAAGGCCAAAGCGAAAUCAAGGACUGCCUACCAGGGGAUAUUCGGGCAUAGUUUCAAGUUAGGCUCGAUCGAUUUCGAAUUGGUAUGGACACAGAUCAUUUCCACUUGGGAUCAGACAGGCCAUCUUGAUCUCGCAGAUCGGUGUCACCACGUUGCCACCCAGUCAUUCGCUCAUCUUCUUGACGCAGAGAUGCGAGAAACGAACACUUUGUCGUCCACCUCGUGUGACCAGGUCAAACAGUGGAAGGAACGGCUGUUGGAGGUUUUGGCCACCUGCUACGACGAGACUCGGCAGGAGUUCAUCAAGUCUCCCUCGACUUGCACCUACUUAGGUGAGGCAAGCAAAGCAAUGUACCAGCUUGUCCGGCAUGACCUUGAAAUUCCCUUGCAUCAAGGUAUCCGCGAUCAUCCACCACUUGCGGCAGCCGCAGGAGAAUCCGAAGGCAAGAAAACCAUCGGCUCGUAUGUAUCGCGGAUAUACGUGGCACUGAGUGAAGCGAGAUACGUUGAGCGACUGCGUAGCCUGGCUGCCUUGAAAUGAGAGACCGCAUAAUUGACGAG